UAUCUGCUUUGAGGUUAUGUUGUUAAUGUUGAAAGCUUGAUAAAUUUUAUAAACAUCUUAAUUAUAAGGACAAAAAUGGAUCAAACAUACGAUUCACUUCAAGAUUUAUCUUUAAAUGGCAGUUACAAGAAUUGUGAUAGUAGUAUUUCUGACCAACUAGCAGAUUUUUCAAGACUUCGUAUAUCGGCGCUCACGAAAGCUGCAGAAAUGAGUCCUCUGGUAAAAGAGGUAACUAUAGGGCCAAACAGUCCCAUCAAAAAGCAAGAGAUAGUUAUUGAAGACGCCCCGAAAAAUAUAGAAACAUUUGACGAGAGUCUGGUUGAAGAUAAAGUGCGCGAAGAUCUUCGGUUCACUCUUCUCAUGAAGAACUAUGAUAACAAACUAAAAGAAAGUGCAGAAGAAUUAUUCAAUGAUUUGAUUGAGCAAAUGAUUACAAACCGUGCUGAUGCAAUGAAAAAAUUUUCCAUCAAACUAAGUGAUGAAUGCAACCGCCGAACCUUGGAGGGCAGAGUGCGAAAAAUGGAGCUGUUGAAAAGUCUACAGGAUAAUGACAAUUCAUCUUUGCUUGAACAGGCGAAACAAGAUGAACUACAAAGCCAAAUCCUUAAAAAACAAAAUAUGGAAAAUAUGAACAGGAUAUUAGAAGAACAAAAUAGAGCAACUGCUCGAUUUGCGUCUAUUACAGACAGCCACACCAAAAUAUGCAUAUGUUAUAAUGAACUGACAAAUUUAUUGCAGACUGAACCACUUGCAAAAGUUAUCUGCGAUAAGUAUAUUACUGCCAUCAAUGCAGUAAUAAGCACUAUUAACUCCAUAAUGGAGAGCUGUAAAAGUGGCUCCAUUACAGACAAAGAAGUCAAACAAGCUGAAGUAUUAUCUGUUAAUGUAGAAAAUAUCAAAAAGAAAAUAUUUGCUGACCUUGAUUUGCAUAAAAAGCAGGAAAUCCAAAAAUUAAAAGAAUUAGAGGAAGCAAAGAAGAAGGAACAGGAGAUGAAGAAAGCAGAAGAACAAAAAGCAGUUGAAAUAGCACAGGCACAGAAACAAGCAGCCGCAUCUUCCAAAAAGUCUACCAAGCCAAUGUUUUAUUCUUCCAAAAACUACAGCAAUUAUGAAGAACUGAAAACAUUUCUGGAGUCUUAUGAAAGCCAAUACAAAGAUUUAUUAGAAAAUACAAACAUGAAAAAAUUCAGGUUUGACUGUCAAAAAGCUGUUAACACACCUGUGAAUGCAUUGUCAUCUGUAAGUGGAUCGCACAUUCGUGAUAAAUAUGACAAACUUUAUAAGUUAUUGAAAGGAGAAAGGGUUCAGGUCUUAGAUACUUAUGUCACAGCCACCCAACACCCUCAAGGCCUUUAUUACUGUACUGCUCUAUUGGCCAAGAAGAUUGUAAGGCAAGGUGAUCUACUGGUUUCAAGCAACCCUGAAGCUGCCUUCCCUCUUGCUGCUGUUACAGCUGCUCUGUGGUCUCAAUUUCCAAUAUUUGGCAAGCUUCUAGAAGCCAAUUUUUAUAGACAAUGUCCUUACCUAGUGCCCAUGUUUUUGCCACAGAAGGAAGGACAAACAGAUAAAGAAUUCUACUUAUCAAGAGGCUACACAUACAAUGAGGAAGGAGUGGUAGAAAAACAGGAUAAAUUUUUAAAGAGAAUGUCAGGAAUCUUUCGGCUCAACUGUGCAAUCUGGAUUGCUCUGACACCUAGAUUUAUAAAUACAGUAAAUCCACAUGGAAUAUGUUACGCAUGGAGAUGGCUUGCUUCCUUUAUCAAUUUGAGACCUGAACCGGACAUAUGUGCUACAUUGUUGCAUGAUUUCUUUUCUGUUUGUGGAUCUGAAUUUUUCAAAAAUUAUGGCAAACAAUUUGUUAAAGUUAUAAAGCUAAUAACUACAGACUACUUGGCCAUAUUACAAGACAUAGAUGAAGGAGGUCCAAAAACAAGAUUGGAAGUAUUUUUGCAAAAUGUACUUAAAACAGGACAAAUUUCACCACCAAGUGGACUUUUGCCUCCUAAUACUUGGUAGGCAGUUAAUGUAUUUUACUUGUUCCUGCUGCAUGGCCCUACAAUAUGAAUGAAUUCAAUGGGAAUCUUAACUGUGAGUUUAUUUCGCUAGGUGGCGCAUCGUCGAUCAAGUCAUUGCCAGUGAUCACAUACAUUUUGUAGAUAGCAUUUUAGAAAUCUUGAUUUUAUUCUUAUUCACUGUAUAAAAUAAAUAGCAUCUGUAAGUAAUCUAACACAAAGUUAUAAAGGUCAAACCUAUAAACCUGCACGGACCGACGCUAGCGCCAUCUGUGAAAAGCUUUGCGGGUGGAAUAUUUUUCUGAAUGUUUUGUUACAUCUUUUUAUGUGUUGUUUACUGCUCAACUUUCAACUAUUUUAAUAAUAGCAAUCUUUAAACUAGUAAUAUAAGAGCAAGUAUGUAUUUGUAAAAAAAUAACAUAAAAAAUAUAGUACCAACUUUUACCACAAUAUUGAUCUAAGAAUUCUACAAAAAAACUAUUAUCUUGAUGUUUAUUUUAUUUGUGAUUCAAAUUCUGGUUUGUGGUUUUUCUUUAGAUUUUUCCUUAAUCUAAUCUCUAUGUAUUUUAGUAGAAUAAUAAUUAUUUAAAGUUUGUUGGUUAGUGCCACAGCAGAUAUGGACAUAGGUAAUUUCAUGAAAUCAUGUGAUACUCAUUAAUUUUAAUCUAAGGAAUGUUUGUUAUAAGCUUUUAAAAAUAUUCUUCUUUCAUAAGUAAAGCUAGCGGACAUAAUAAAAUUAAUUUUUGAUAA